AAAAAAAAAAAAAGAAAAAAAAAAAAAGAAAAGCCUUAUUUAUUAUCAUUUUCCCCACUGUUGGCAUGGCAACACAGGCGUACGUUACUGAGCUACAGGCAGCCCCGCAACCAUCCCAGCCGCCACAGGCCCCUCCACAAGCCCAGCCCCAGCCACCGCCACCACCAGCCUCAGCAGCACCCCAGCCUCCCCAGCCCCCCGCCACCACCGCCACCCCCCAGCCCCAGUAUGUCACCGAGCUGCAGAGUCCGCAGCCUCAGGCACAGCCACCGGGCGGCCAGAAGCAGUACGUGACAGAGCUCCCGGCCACCCCCACGCCCUCGCAGCCGGCCGGCACACCCGCCCCGUCCCCGGCAUCCCAGCAGUACAUCGUGGUCACCGUCUCCGAAGGUGCCAUGCGGGCCAGCGAGACUGUGUCAGAGGCCAGCCCGGGCUCCACGGCCAGCCAGACUGGAGUCCCCACUCAGGUGGUGCAGCAGGUGCAGGGCACCCAGCAGCGGCUGCUGGUCCAGACGAGUGUGCAGACCAAGCCGGGCCACGUGUCACCCCUCCAGCUCACCAACAUCCCGGUGCCCCAACAGGCUCUCCCCACACAGCGUCUGGUGGUGCAGAGCACAGUCCCAGGCGGCAAGAGUGGCCAGGUCUCCCUGACGGUGCAUGGCACGCAGCAGGUGCACUCACCUCCUGAGCGGUCGCCAGUGCAGGCCAAUAGCUCCUCCAGCAAGACGGCUGGGGCCCCCACGGGCACGGUGCCUCAGCAGCUGCAAGUCCACGGCGUCCAGCAGAGUGUCCCCGUCACCCAAGAGAGGUCCGUGGUCCAGGCCACUCCACAAGUGCCCAAAGCUGGCCCCGUGCAGCAGCUCACAGUGCAAGGGCUCCAGCCGGUCCACGUGGCUCAAGAGGUGCAGCAGCUCCAGCAGGUGCCAGUCCCACAUGUGUACUCCAGCCAAGUGCAGUAUGUGGAGGGCAGUGAUGCCAGCUACACGGCCAGCGCCAUCCGCUCCAGCACCUACCCCUACCCCGAGACGCCGCUGUACACGCAGACAGCAGGCACCAGCUACUACGAGGCCGCGGGCACGGCUGCCCAGGUCAGCACACCUGCCACCUCCCAGGCGGUGGCCAGCAGUGGCUCUGUGCCCAUGUACGUGUCCGGCAGCCAGGUCGUCGCCAGCUCCACCAGCAGUGGGAGUGGGGCCAGCAACAGCAGCAGCGGCGGCAGCGGCGGCGGGGGAGGCGGUGGCGGGGGCGGUGGCAGUGGCAGCAGCAGUGGCAGCGGAGCAGGCACCUACGUGAUCCAAGGCGGCUACAUGCUGGGCAGUGCCAGCCAGUCCUACUCCCACACCACCCGUGCCUCACCAGCCACUGUCCAGUGGCUCCUGGACAACUAUGAGACAGCCGAGGGUGUGAGCCUGCCUCGGAGCACCCUCUACUGCCACUACCUGCUGCACUGCCAGGAGCAGAAGCUGGAGCCCGUCAACGCCGCCUCCUUCGGCAAGCUCAUCCGCUCUGUCUUCAUGGGCCUGCGCACCCGACGUCUCGGCACCAGGGGCAACUCCAAGUACCACUACUAUGGCCUGCGCAUCAAGGCCAGCUCACCCCUGCUGCGGCUGAUGGAGGACCAGCAGCACAUGGCCAUGCGGGGCCAACCCUUCUCGCAAAAACAGAGGCUCAAACCCAUCCAGAAGAUGGAGGGCAUGACCAACGGCGUGGCCGUGGGGCCACAGCAGGCCACUGGGCUGUCGGACAUCAGCGCCCAGGUCCAGCAGUACCAGCAGUUUCUGGAUGCCUCGAGGAGCCUUCCUGCCUUCUCAGAGCUUGACCUCCAGGGCAAAGUGCUGCCCGAAGGCAUCGGGCCUGGGGACAUCAAGGCCUUCCAGGCCCUGUACCGGGAACACUGUGAGGCCAUCGUCGAUGUCAUGGUGAACCUGCAGUUCACCCUGGUGGAGACGCUGUGGAAAACCUUCUGGAGGUACAACCUGAGCCAGCCCAGCGAGGCACCGCCGCUGGCUGUGCACGAUGAGGCCGAGAAGCGGCUGCCCAAGGCCAGCCUGGUGCUCCUCUCCAAGUUCGAGCCCGUGCUCCAGUGGACCAAGCACUGUGACAACGUGCUGUACCAGGGCCUGGUGGAGAUCCUCAUCCCCGAUGUGCUGCGGCCCAUCCCCAGUGCCUUGACCCAAGCAAUCCGGAACUUUGCCAAGAGCCUGGAGAGCUGGCUCACCCACGCCAUGGUGAACAUACCUGAGGAGAUGCUGCGGGUGAAGGUGGCAGCGGCCGGCGCCUUCGCGCAGACCCUGCGGCGCUACACGUCGCUCAACCACCUGGCGCAGGCGGCGCGUGCUGUGCUGCAGAACACCGCGCAGAUCAACCAGAUGCUGAGCGAUCUCAAUCGCGUGGACUUCGCCAACGUGCAGGAGCAGGCCUCGUGGGUAUGCCGCUGCGAGGACCGCGUGGUGCAGCGGCUGGAGCAGGACUUCAAAGUGACUCUGCAGCAGCAGAACUCACUGGAGCAGUGGGCGGCCUGGCUGGACGGCGUCGUGAGCCAAGUGCUUAAGCCCUACCAGGGCAGCGCCGGCUUUCCCAAGGCCGCUAAGCUCUUCCUCCUCAAGUGGUCCUUCUACAGCUCCAUGGUGAUCCGGGACCUGACUCUGCGCAGCGCCGCCAGCUUCGGCUCCUUCCAUCUCAUACGGCUGCUCUACGAUGAGUACAUGUACUACCUGAUCGAGCAUCGCGUGGCCCAGGCCAAGGGCGAGACCCCCAUUGCCGUCAUGGGCGAGUUCGCCAACCUGGCCACCACGCUGAACCCCCUGGACCCGGACAAAGACGAGGAGGAGGAAGAGGAGGAGGAAAGCGAGGACGAGCUGCCGCAGGACAUCUCGCUCGCGGCCGGUGGCGAGUCACCCGCGCUGGGCCCCGAGGCUCUGGAGCCACCGGCCAAGCUGGCGCGGACAGACGCACGUGGCCUCUUCGUGCAGGCGCUGCCCUCCAGCUAAGCCUGUGGCCUCCCCCGCCGCACCCCGCCGCCCCGCCCGCCCUACCCUGCUGCCCCUCCUCGCCAGGGUCCCUCACAGCUUCUGUGGCUUCGCUGUCACCGCUCCAGCCUCGGCUGGGGCCGGGAGGGGGCCUCCGAGACAGGGAAGGUAAGGGGGUCCCUGCCCCGGAUGGAGCGGGCACAAUCACAGGGCCGGGCGGAGCCGCAGCUGCAAACUCUGACACAAAAGACGUGCCUUAAGGAACCCGCCGACGUGCCCAGGUGCCCCCUGGGGCAGCCAGCUUGGCCCUUGGCCCCAAAGGCCGCAGCAUCUCCCUCCCCCACCCCCCCCAGGGGGCAGGCAGGCAGGCCCCCUCCCUUGCAGAACUGUUAACUUAUUCAGCUCGCUGGCUUUGCACAGCCUGUCCUAGGCCCAGCCCUGAGCCCCGGGUGGGCGCAGGUGGGCAUCACCUGGGGACCCGCCACUGUCAGCAGCAGCCCCGGGAUCCCUCCCCCAGCAGCCCCACCGCUUCCCACUCCUUGGUAUAAGUGCAAUUAAAGCUGUGGGUGUCGCAUCUUCUCCAGAGCUGGGCCCUCCCUUGCCCCGCAGCCCUAGAGGGGGGCACUGCCCGGCCUGGAUAGGGGGAGGGCAGAAGGGGCACCACCUCCAGCUUCCAAAGAGCAGCAGGCUGGACAGGGCGCCAAGCCCAGAGGGACCUGCUGCAGGCAGCGGGCCCGGAAGUGCCCACGCCUGCCCCAGCCAGGGCUGGGUGCUCCACUCGCUCAGAUCCUGGACCCCGAGUCCUGGGCCCUCCUCGCCGCUGGUCUGUAAUGGAAUCUCUACGCUCCUACUCCCGCUGGAGACCGUGCUUCUCCUCCAUGCGUGCGAUCCCCGCCCUCCACAUGACUAUUGUGCGAUUUGUGAGCGCCGCCUGAGCGGAGUCGAUAACUUGUUGGGUUUUUUUCCAACCAUCAUGGCCUUAUCUGUUCCGGUUUUCUCAGUGUUUUCAACCUGUGAGAUAGAUGUUUAUGGCAAAAAGCGAAAAAAAGAAAAAACAAACCUGAUCUAUUGUAUAAAAAUCACUAUUUUGUGUGCUCCGUGUGCUCCAGCUUUUGGGGUGGCUUGCCGACUCCCCCUCCUUACCCCUCGGGGCCUCCCCUCUCCUGGUGGUGGAAGUGUCCACGCGUGUGGUAGUCUAGUGUGCCGAGCUGUUUUCUACCUUUUUGUAGUCUUUCUUAAAACACAAUAAAUUCCGCUGUGAUAUUUG